AUGUUCGAAGGAAUAGAUACAAUAACAAAAGCAAUGUUAGGAGGUGUUAGUAAUCAUCCUAAAGCCUUAAAGAUCUGUUUUCGAGGCAACAUCCGAAUGGGUUAUUUGAGAUCUUUCGCGGCUAGAGGACGACGACUAACAAACCCUAUACUUCAUGACCACUUAACCGAAGGAAACCGAAGUGGAGUAAACCCUAGGAGUGAGCAUGUGCAAGUGAGCUUUUUUCAGUUAAUUUGUCUUUGCACAUUUAGGUUAUCUACCUUUUUAAUUUUCAAAUAUUCUUGCCAUACAAUCCUAUUAGCAUACAUCUAA